AUGAAAAUAUCAACGUUAAAAGUGUGUGGUUUGUGGAUUGUAUCUGACUUGUUGGAGUAUGGCGGAAGUGAGUCCGCUGCUUGGAAGGAUAUAUUCAUGACCACAGUUGCAGAGUCAUUGAACUCCGCUCAUGCUAGUGUGCGCCAUGCAGCAUUUUAUGCCGUGGGUGUCGCUUCUCAAAAUGGCAAUGUUUACUCUGAUUUCUGUAUCGCUUGCCUCGAGCCUAUUUUCAAGAUGGCCUCUAUUCCAGACGCUCGUGCAGACGAGAAUGCGGUAGCUACUGAAAAUGCGGUUGCUGCAAUUGCAAAAAUUUGUCACCGUUUGGGAGCCUCAGUACCAAACUUGGAUGUGCUUUUGCAACAAUGGGUAUGUCUCUUGCCCGUAGUUCAAGAUGAUGAGGCGGCAGCAUAUGUUUACACCUUUUUGAGUGAGCUUGUGCGAAACCGACAUCCCUCAGUUGUUCAUCAGGUUCCUAAAGUGUUCGAUUCCGUUGUCCAAGCUCUCGCUCAAGGAUCAAUUGCUGGCGAGACGGCAGAAAGAGUUUCUGUAGCUACUAGGGAACUUUUGGGAUCUAUGUCCCAGGCUGAUGCCAAUGCAUUGCUACUGAAGUAUCCUUCCGAUAUGGGCAUCAUCAAAAAGUGGUUUUCAUAG